ACAGCGCGAAGAUAUUACAAAAAAAAAAAAAAGAUCGGAAGAAUCAGUGUUCAGAUACAGUUGGUAUUUGAAGCUCUAGCGGUAUUAGGGUUUUCUUUUGGAAGGGAAAAUCAGAAUCAGUUCAUAACUGGGAAACCUGUACUCUCAGUUUACAUAUACAGAAGAAGCGGAAAGCUUGAUUAAAACGUGGAAGCUCAGAAUGAAGUAAAGAUUGGAUCGAGCAGAAGAGUGAGAAAGUUUGAUUGUGGAUAAUCAAUUCCUUCCUUGUGGCUUGUGGGUGCUUCAAUACCCUCUACAAUAGACGAUCAAUCGCUCUAGUCUGCAAGUCCUGGCAAUCGAUUGCCAUUGCUGAAAAGAAAAUACGGCGUUUGCGUUUGCGACCUCAACUUCCAUGGCUGAUGCUUUCCUCAUUAGAGGAUUCUAAGACUCUCUUUUUCAGUCUCUCUAAUAACAAAGUUUUAAGGUUAGAAUUGCCCGAAGCCAAUGGUGCUCGGUGUUUUGGAUCUGAUUGGGGAUGGUUGAUAAUGGUGGGUAAGAUGGGAUACAGUUUCCUUCUGAAUCCAUUUACCAGAGUUGUAAUUGAUCUUCCACUGCAAAUUAACCCUAAGGCGGCACUUCUGACAUACGGCCACAUUAAUAAAGCUAUAUUGUUGUCACCUCCUGUUACAACGACUAACAAUUCUAAUUUUGCUACUGUAGUUGUAGCGAUUUAUUGUAACAGUUAUUUAGCCUUCUGCAGGAUAGGGGAUGAAUGGUGGACAGUCUUGGGAAGAAAUUUUAAAAACAUUAUUUUUUACUAUGGAAGAUUGUAUGGCAUUACUAGAGAAUGUGAUCUUAAACAUGUGGAGUUAGGACCCCAUCCAAAAGUUACAAGCUGUGACAUUGCUCCUCCAGCCGAUGAGGAUCUUAGACUUCCCAAUCUGCAGAAGUCAUUUUAUUUGGUGGAAUGUCUUGGAGAGUUGUUGAUGGUUAUACAAUGUUUAUUUUUUGAUGAUUUCGGAUUCUUUUUAAAAUUUAUGCCGAAGAUAUUCAAGUUGGAUAUGAACAGAAGGAGGUGGAUUAAGGUGGAAAACUUGGGUGAUCAAAUGCUAUUUCUUGGCAAAAGUACUGCCUUAUCUGUCUCUGCAAGUGACUACCCUGGAUUUAGAGGAAACUGCAUAUACUACACAUAUAAUGAACAUGAACGCUAUGUUGAUGCUAAAGUACAUGAAACUGUAGCUGGAGUGCUUCACUUAGAAGAUAACAGCAUUGAACCUUUUAUCUCAAAUGAUUCAGGCUUUUCUCUGUCUCCACCCAUUUGGUUCACACCAGUUGUCUUGUAAAUAAAUUAUGGGGAUAAGAUGAUUUUCUUGUUUACUAUUUGUGUUAUUUUAGGGUUAUAUGUAAUUUGAAAUUACUCUUUAUUUUCUUAUCUAAUGCAUAUAUAUUGCCAUUUUCUUUGGCUGUUAA